AUGACGAAUCCUUUAAUUGGUGUUAUUGGUAAUUCCCUACUUCUGCUUAUGUUUCUGCCUGUACUCAAGCAUUUCUCUUACAGCGGAUUCUACAAGCUUGACAGUUUGAAGCAUGUCAAGGAUGUCGGUGUUCAAACACCUUGGGGUAGACCAAGCUCAAAUGUAAUGAUUCUUGCUCUUCCGUCAGGAGCUCAGAUUGCUUUCAUCGCUAGGCAUGGCAUCAAUCACUCCAUUACUCCAUCUGAAGUUAAUGGUCAAGCUAACAUUGCUGCUUUGAAACACGUAGGCGUUAAGGCCAUUGUUGCCUUUUCUGCUGUGGGUUCUCUCAGAGAGGAGAUCAAGCCAGGUGACUUCAUUAUUCCGAACCAGGUCAUCGAUCGCACAAAGUCCAUUAGACAGCAUACUUACUUUGGAUUGAAUCAGGGAGUAGUUGCCCAUGCUAUGUUUGGUGAACCCUUUACUACUGAGCUAUCGUCUUUUAUUGCCCCACUUGUCAAGCAAGUUUUACCAUCAGGUUUGAAUCUGCAUACUAACCAUGGUGAUCGCGACUCUACACUAGUUUGUAUGGAGGGUCCUCAGUUCUCUACUCGUGCCGAAUCUAGGAUGUACAGACAAUUAGGAGCUGAUAUUAUUAAUAUGUCCGUUAUUCCUGAAGCCAAAUUGGCUAAAGAGGCAGAAUUAGGGUACUCGCUCAUCUGCACAUCAACAGACUAUGAUGCAUGGAGAAUGAAUGAAGAGCCUGUAACAGUCGCUGAAGUGAUCAAAACUUUAACCACUAACGCUGAAAACUCAAAAUUCGUGGCCCAAAAUGUUUUGCAACAUGUUCAUGAUGCAAUAUCAGCCAACAAGAUUCCUUCCCAGAAUGGCUCCAUGCAAUUUAGCAUUGUUACAUCCAAAGACAAAUUCACGAAGGAGUCGAAAGAGAAACUGUCCUACAUAUUACCGGAUUAUUUUAAAUAG